CUUAAGUAGGACAGGAGCUGUGCAGGGAGAGCAGAGACGCAGAAAACAAACCCAGGCUGGUCUGGAAGGGAAAGCUGAGCAGAAUACAGAAGAGAAAAAGCACAAAGAGAUAACCUGCAAUUUGAAGGUGAUGUGGAAAGCACUCAGGAUGGAAGGCAGACUCCCAUGCCUGCUCUUGCUGGUGGGAGCAGUCGUGACUGCUCAAUGCCAGGGCUUGCACCUGCGCUUCAAACGGGGAGCCAGAUCUAGAGCCAUUUGCACAGACAAAUCAUCUGGAGAAAUUUACCAGCACAGGGGGACCUGGCUGAGGCUCUCAGGGAGCAGAAUAGAAUACUGUAGGUGUGACAGUGGCUGGAGUCGCUGCCACACUGUGCCUAUCAGAGCCUGCACCAGAAACAAAUGCUACAACGGGGGCCAGUGCUCACAGGCAUAUUAUUCCCCACAGCUCUUCCUCUGCCAGUGCCACCAGGGCUUCUCUGGGAAGCAGUGUGAAAUAGAUACUGAAGCCAAGUGCUACAAAGAUGCUGGAGGAGCAUACAGGGGUACCUGGAGCACCACAGAGAGCGGAACUGAGUGCUUGCCCUGGAACAGCAAUGGCUUGAUGGAGCAGAGGUACAGCGCACGAAGAGAGGAUGCUGCCGAGCUAGGGCUGGGCAACCACAACUACUGCAGAAACCCAGAUGAGGAUUCCAGACCUUGGUGCUACAUCUAUAAAGGAGGGAAGUACAGCUGGGAACACUGCAGUGUGCCCUCCUGUUCCAAAGCUGGGAGCAUCAGCUGCAAAUCUGGAAGAGGGACAGAUUACAGAGGCACCCAGAGCGUCAGCAGGUCUGGAGUUACCUGUUUGAAGUGGAAUUCCAGAAUCCUUGCCAACAGGGUAUACACUGCCUGGAGGAAAGAUGCUUCCCAGCUGGGCCUCGGCGCUCACAACUUCUGCCGGAACCCUGACAAUGACAGCAAGCCCUGGUGUCAUGUCCUGAAGGGAAAUCAGCUCACCUGGGAGUACUGCAACGUGCCUACUUGCUCCAGCUGCGGGCUGCGGCGGCGCAGGGCCCCGCAGUACCGGAUCAAGGGAGGCUCCCGCGCAGACAUCGCCGCGCACCCCUGGCAAGCUGCCAUCUUCGUGCAGUAUCGCAGAGCUCCUGGAGAGCACUUCCUCUGUGGAGGAAUUCUCAUCAGCUCCUGCUGGGUUUUGUCAGCUGCUCACUGUUUUGAGGAAGGCUUUAGUAAGAGCCAGCUGAAGAUUGUGCUGGGCAGGACCUCCCGAGCCACCCCGGAGGAGAACGAGCAGAAGUUCCAAGUGAAGAACUACAUUGUGCACCAGCAGUUUGACUCAGAGAACUUCAACAAUGACAUUGCUCUGCUGCAGCUGAACUCAAACACAGAGGACUGUGCUGUUGAGACAGACACUGUUCGUGCUGCCUGCCUCCCCACACCACAGCUGCAGCUGCCUGACUGGACUGAAUGUGAGAUCUCUGGCUAUGGCAGAGAUGAAGAAUUCUCUCCAUUCUACUCCGAGCAGCUGAAGGAAGGCCACGUCAGGCUGUUCCCAGCCAGCCGGUGCACAGCGCAGCACCUCGACAACAGGACAGUUACAGACAACAUGCUGUGUGCAGGGGACACAAGGAACCUGGAUGAUGCCUGCAAGGGUGACUCUGGAGGGCCUCUGGUCUGCAUGAGGGAGGAGAGGAUGUUCCUGAUUGGAAUCAUCAGCUGGGGCAUCGGCUGCGGCCGCAAGGACAAGCCUGGGGUCUACACCAACGUCAGUCGGUACCUUGACUGGAUCCAGGACAACAUGACACCCUGAGAAAGGAGAAGGAACCACCCACAAGCUUGUGGCCAGGCCCUUGCAGCCACCUUCUGGGUGCUUUAAGGGUGCUGACAGGACUUCCUCUUCAUCCAGAGGACUUUCAGAACAAGAGGAAGACAACCUGCAGGUGGGAAGGGUACAUUCUCUGCUCACUCUCCUUUCCUUAUCACAGGUUUGGAGCUAACACUUCUCUCCCUCCACAUCCCCAAGCUUUCUCCUUGCAUCUAAUCACAUGGAAGCAGCAGCUCUCUUUAGCACAGCAGGGAAGAGCGAAGGACAAGUGUAAUGGUAGCAAUUUUAGGUGCCUACUAGAUUUAUAUCCACAGGCAAAGGUUAGUUCAAAUGUCCCAAGGCUGCACUUGUCCUCUUACAGAAGACAGGGCAGGAAUCUCCAAGUCACUGUGAACUAGAAGCUCAGUAAUCAGCUUUACUGACUGGCACUGUGGUUGCCAUGUGACACUAAGUGGUGUCUGUGCACAUCCCAGCAGUUAAGCCUCUUUUGAGAGAUUCUCUCUGUCCAGCUGCUUUAUAAAGAGAAGGUGUGAAAUGAGAACGUUGUACUGGGGGUCCAGAAGGUUAGCUUUAGUGUCUGUCACAGGGGCAUUGUAGCUACAGAACCAGACUGCUGUCUUGGGGAAACUCUAAUCAUUUUAACUCAAAAUGUUUACUCACAGAGUUUCUGAUAAUCUGGGGAACACUAAGAGAACUGACCAAGGAAUUAAUGUUAGCUUUACACUCACAGCUGCAUGAAGACAUGUAUC